AUGAACGCGCCCGAUCGUGCUAACGGACUCUAUAGUUUCGAGCUCUUCCUGCUCGCCGAGGGCGAGAAGAAGAUUGAGGAAAAGAUCUACUCUGGCAUGUCCAACACGUCGGAUUUCCUGCUCAAGAAGGAGGACCAUACUCUGGGCCACCUGCUCUCCGAGCACCUCAAGAUGCACCCCAAUGUGCUCAUGGCUGGCUACAAGCUCGGGCACCCCAACGUUCCAGAGCUCUUCAUCCGCGUACAAACAGACGGCACGGUAACGUCCCGCGACGUCUUCACCGCCGUGUGCGAGAAGCUCAUCAACCAGCUCGAGAUGCUGCAUCAAAAAUUUACCCGAGAAUGGGAGCUGCGGCGUAUCGCCAACACCGGCAACCAGGCCAACAUGCAAUCAAAUGGGUUGUGA